UGCGGAAGUGAGCAGAAGUGCUGGUUUGGUGUUUGGUAGCUGCUGGAGCGAUCGCGGUUCUGUUCCUCACCACUGGUCCGCAUGUAGGUCCGUGGGAGCUUCGUUUUCACGGCUCGGUCAGUCUGCCAGGUUGAGCUGUCAGGAUGGCGGAUCACACUGAUGUCAGCCUGCCGCCGGAGAAACGAGUCCGGGCUCUAACCAAGAAGGGCAGCUCUGUGGACGUGAACGAUGACGUGCCGCCGCGCCGCUACUUCCGCUCGGGCAUGGAGAUGAUCCGCAUGGCCAACAUCUACACGGAGGAGGGCAACAUCGAGCACGCAUUCGUCCUUUACAAUAAAUACAUCACGCUCUUUAUCGAGAAACUUCCCAAACAUCGGGAUUACAAGACUGCCAACAUUCCUGAGAAGAAGGACACACUAAAGAAGCUCAAGGAUGUUGCAUUUCCUCAAGCAGAGGUUCUAAAAAAGGCUCUUUUGAGAAGAUUUGAACAAGAAUAUGAGCAUUAUCUUAUCAAAAAGAAAGAGGAGGAAGAGGCCCUGGUGCGGGAGCAGGCCAAGCAGCGUGCGCUGCACGCCGAGCGGGAGCGCGUCGCUGUGAUGCAGCGGCGGCAGCAGGAGCAGGAGGAGUUCAGUGCCUUCGAGGAGAUGAUCCGCCGUAAGGAGCUGGAGAAGGAGCGGCAGCGAGUCCUGUUGGAGUUCGCCACACCAUCCGCACCCUCCUCUGACACUCCCCUCCUUCCGGGCAUCCGGGGCCCCCCGCAGGUCUCCCCGACACCAUCGGAGAGUCCAGAGGAUCAAUAUAAUCGCUCUCCCGCAACCGCCGGCACCCCUUCAUCCGGCCUGCCCACCUUUGACCGCUCGCUCAAGCCGGGGUCUCUGGUCAGCCCCGGGAACAACAAUACGAUGGUGGAUGCCCUUCGGCAGUUGGCCGUUCCCGCUGAGCUGUGCCGCAACUUUCUGAGGCUGGCCGAGGCCAACACGAGCCGAGCUGUAGAAACUUGCGGCAUCCUCUGUGGCAAGCUGACCAGAAAUGCAUUCACUGUGACCCACGUCAUCGUCCCGAAGCAGAGCGGUGGGCCGGACUAUUGCGAUACAGAAAACGAGGAGGAGCUCUUCCUCAUACAGGACCAGUACGACCUCAUCACCCUGGGAUGGAUACACACUCACCCGACACAGACGGCCUUUCUGUCCAGCGUGGACCUCCACACACACUGCUCCUAUCAGAUGAUGAUGCCUGAGGCCAUCGCGAUCGUCUGCUCACCGAAAUUCAACGAAAUCGGCUACUUUAGGUUGACGGAUCGAGGAACGGAGGAGAUCUCCUCGUGUAAACAGAAAGGUUUCCACCCUCACAGCAAAGACCCCCCUCUGUUUACACACGCCGGACACAUCACCAUCACGAACGACGCCGUGUCCAUGAUGGACCUGCGGUGAUGCUUUGCUCCUCCUUCACCAGAACGCUCGGACUGUUUUCUGAAACCGCGGACGUUUUACAAGCAGACACUCAUUUUAUUUUGAGGACGGUACUGAGAGGAAUGCCGGCCCGAGUUUACCAUUUCCAAGGACUUCAGUUGAGGAAGGAAACAACGUUGGGAAGCUUUUCAGCCUGUAGGAAAGAAACAAUAUCCACAUGAAUAUGCACUUUUUAAGCAAACGGCUACUAUCCACUUACUGGACUGUCAAACCUCCGGCUCUUCGACCCCUCUGUGUCUUCUGUGUAAAGUAUCGUUCCUUCCAGUUCAGCUUUUGUUUUGUCACAGCUGAGAAUAUUCAUCAGUGCCCGCCAAGCGUCCGGUCGCCCGAACUUUGUCUGAAAACUGUCAAAGUUCGGUUCUGCCUGACAGAUAAAGUGCCAAGGUUGUGAACGUUCUUGUUGUCGUCUUUUUCAUCGUGCAAUAUGAAUCCUGGUGUGAAGUCAACAGUUCCCUCCAUUCCUUUCUUUCUUCUGCUGUUGAAGUGCUGUGCGUGAUGAAAUGCAAGCCUACGGUAGCUCAGGUAUGCAGGCUGUUGCUUCCCUGCAUUACAUUUUCUUACAUAUAUCAUCCCUCCAGAGUACCCGUUGCCAAGUAUAUAACGGGGUUUGUUUUGAAUUGUAGCCCUGGAUAUUAUGAAAUCACCAUUUUUUUCUUUUUUACACACCUUUUCAUUUCUUAACUUAUUGUUUUUACUUUGGGGAGAGGCGUGUGCCUAUUAAUCGAAGGACAUGUGUGCAACAGGAAAUCUGAAUGUACCUUCUCCUACAUGUUGUUAUGCAUUACUAACACUUUCUUCAUGAUUUCAACCAUAAGCUUUUCUGUGCUUGUUCCCUUCUCUUGGUAGAAGAGUAAACAAUUAGCCAUACUUACAAAGUAAAUGCCAAGACAAAAUAAACUUGUUGGUGAAUCUA